AUGGAGCUUCGACAUUUGGCAGAAGCUGAGAAAGCUGCCAGGAAAGGCUAUGAGAUCAACAGAAACGACUCUUGGGCUCAUCACUGCUUGUGUCAUGUUCUUCAAACACAAUGUCGUUUCAAGGAAGCAGUAGAGUUCAUGGAAGGUUGCUCACCUUUUUGGGAUUCUUGCUCUUCCUUAAGGUACUCGCAUAAUUGGUCGCAUGUAGCUCUUUGUUACUUGGAAGGAGGUUCAUCCAUAGGUAAAGUACAAGAAAUAUAUGAUCACCAAAUGUGUAAAGAGCUCCAGAAAGACGAUGCUGUUGCAACAGACGUUUAUAUGGAUGCUCUUCGCUUGUUGUUGCGCUUCGACACACGAGAUAAACUUGAUCAGUUUCUAGACAGACUCAAGAUUCUGGCAAAUUGUUUGACUGAUCAAUUCUAUGAUGAAGAAGUUAGAGGUCUGACUUUAAAUCUAAUGGAGAAAGAAUAUGAAGCUAAUGUCAGUUCGCUCCAACUCAACGAAGAGGCAGACCAAUGUGGAAUUGCAAGUAUAGAUGUGAAGGCAAUACCAGUUCUUCAAUUUUAA